AUGUCAGAGAUGAUGCAUCUGAUGUCCAGUGCUAAGAGGCGGGCAGACCAGAUGGAAGCAGAGGCGAGCGACAUUGCGUCGGAAAUCGGGUACAUAGGAGUUACGCAGUAUUCGUAUAAUGAAUCAUUUUUAAAAAAUCACCUAUUGAUGGGAACAACGCCCCCGGUUCAUGCUAGAGCCCAGGAGUUUCCGGGACUGGUUACGCAGGACAAGGACGUAACUCAAAUUGUAGACCUCUCCUUCGCUAUGGCAGAUGGAACGUCGACCGUUCUCCUGGGAUCUAGGAUAUUUCUCCUUCACCACUUUCCGAAUCCUAGAAAGCCUUCACCAAAUUCUCUUGUGCCCUUCCUACCAGGACUCGAUCGAGGCCAUUUCCUGAGCCCAACUGGACAAUGCAAAGCAUUCGAUGCAUUCGCUUCCCGAAGUGAAGGUUGCGGGAUAUUCGUCUUGAAGCGUCUGUCCGACACUAUUGCCGAAAACGACAACAUUUGGCGUCUCAUCCGAGGCAUCGAAGUCAACCAGAGUGGUCUGGCUCACUCAAUCACUCGUCCUCAUGCUCCCACCCAGAUCACGCUCUUCAAACAGCUAUUGGAGAACACGGGCGUCGACGCCAACAGAAUCAAUGUCGUCGAAACGUUUACGUCCAUCUUUGAGACGCUUAUCAGUCAAUUGGCGAGCUCAAUUAUGGGACAUCGGGUUGCAGGGAUAGCUUUAUGUCCUGCUUCCGUGUAUCUGGAACAGUUGUUUGCUGGCAUCGACUUGACUCGUAUUCAUCUGGGUUCUGAGUCUAAUGACAAACAGGCGAUCCUCCGGGCUAUCAAGUUCAUGCACGGUUUGGUAUAUGACGAGUCCAUUACGCGCAUUGUCGUGACGGUGAUCACUUUGACCGGGGACGCGGGCACUUUCAGCGUCAGCUCGCGAGCAGAAGGUUCGAAUGAGCAGAUCUCGCAUGCCCAUGACGAAUUCCGUCUCCAGUCUGCAGCUGCCACCCUCACCAAAUUCACUCGUGCCCUUCCUACCAUCAACCGCUACAUCGCUGCGGUCACGAAGUCCAGCUCACAGCAGAAAACGUUCUCGACGAGGACGGUCUACGACGGAUUGUUCCAGCGUGUGGUCGACUAUUCCAGGGAAUAUCAUACUAUGCAGUCCCUCAUGAUUGAUGCCAGCCAUAUGGAAGGAUGCGCACGAGUUCGCCUUCCCCGCGAUCAUGACAAAGGACCAUGCGUCGUGCACCCGGUGUUCAUGGAUAACUUCAUGUAG